CAGUCAGGGCCAAUAUGAGAGCCACCUCUAAAAGCCAAUGGCUGCUCCAAUUUUGGGUGCUCCUGCUGCUAAAUGUCCUGCCCACCUGGCACCUCUUGCAGGCGGAGAGCCAGGUGGUGGGCGACAUAGCCUCCCAGGAGACGCAGGUGGAGCCAGAGGAGCACCUCCGUCCGGAAAGUCAUCAUCGCAUUAGUCACAAUCGGAAUCACCACCAACACGAGCACCUACAUCAUCGCCAGCGACAGCGAGGAAAGCACUUCCGGGGGAAGCACAUCAGGAGCCAUUACGAGAUGCUGCAACUGGAGCAGCAGCAGCAGCAGCUAGGCAAACACUGGCGCCAAUGGGUGAAUCACCUGCAGCAGUCACCGGAUUAUGCCAGCGACGAUCCAUCAUCUUCGGCCGGAGUAGAGCUGCCCCAAUUCGACCUCUUCGAUGUGGAGGAUUACCAGCGGUAUGCCAAUAUCGAAUUGGCGGCUCCACGCUCCGGACGCCAUCGGGGGCGACACUUGCCACUGAACAACAACCAAUUGGUGGACGGCAGCGGCAAGUUCCUGCGAUCCUUGCCGGAUUCCGUGAACUUUCAGGACCGUCUAUAUGCCACCCAGCCCCAGAGACACUGGCCGGUGAAGCGGGAGGCCAUUGUCGAGGGCGAUGUGAUCCUCGGUGGCCUGAUGAUGGUCCAUUCCCGUGAGGACAGCAUCACCUGUGGACCGAUAAUGCCGCAGGGCGGCAUUCAGGCUCUUGAGGCCAUGCUCUUUACGAUCGAUCGGAUUAACCGGGAACAGCUGUUGCCCAAUAUAACCCUGGGUGCCCACAUACUCGAUGACUGCGACAAGGAUUCGUAUGGCCUGGAAAUGGCAGUGGACUUUAUUAAAGGAUCCAUCAGCAAUAUCGAUGAUGCCGAAUAUCACUGCAACAAAACACAAGUGCGGAAGGUCAUCUCGGGGGUGGUGGGCGCAGCCUCCUCGGUCACAUCCAUUCAAGUGGCCAAUUUAUUGCGCUUAUUCCGCAUUCCUCAGGUGUCCUACUUCUCGACCAGCCCCGAGCUGAGCAACAAACAGCGAUUCGAGUACUUCUCCCGCACAAUCCCCUCGGAUCACUACCAGGUGAAGGCCAUGGUGGAGAUUGUCAAGCGGAUGGGCUGGAGCUACGUCUCGAUUAUCUACGAGGAGAGCAACUAUGGCAUUAAGGCCUUCGAGGAGCUGGAGGAGCUGCUGGCACGCCAUAACAUUUGUAUUGCCAUCAAGGAGAAGCUCGUGAAGGAUUCGGGAGUGGCCGAGGACAUCGCAUACGAUAAUAUCGUGCAAAAGCUGCUGACGAAGCCGCGGGCCCGAGGGGCCAUUAUCUUCGGAUCGGACCAGGAGGUGCGGCAGGUGAUGCGUGCGGUGCGCCGGGCAAAUGCAACUGGUUCCUUCUCCUGGAUAGGCUCCGAUGGCUGGAGUGCCCGCAAUCUUGUUUCCGAUGACUACGAGCCGGAGGUUGAAGGCACGUUGUCUGUGCAGCCGCAGGCGAAUCCUGUUCGCGGAUUCGAGGAGUACUUCCUUAGCCUCACGGUGGAGAAUAACCAGCGGAAUCCCUGGUUUGUUGAAUUCUGGGAGGAUCACUUCCAGUGCCGUUAUCCUGGCAGUACCAGCACUCCAUACAAUAACUACACCAAACAGUGCACCAAAAAGGAGCGACUCUCGCGCCAGAAUAUGGACUUCGAGGAUCAACUACAGUUCGUCAGCGAUGCGGUCAUGGCCUUUGCUUAUGCCCUGAGGGACAUGCACCGCGACCUGUGCGGCGGAGGACCUUCGUUAUGCGAGGCCAUGAAGCCGACCAAGGGCGCUGAUUUACUUAAAUAUUUGCGGAAAGUGGAGUUCGAGGGCCUCAGCGGCGACGAGUUCCGCUUUGACGGCAACGGUGACGGUCCGGCGCGGUACAACAUCAUCCAUUUCAAGCAAUCGCAGGCCGGCCAAUACCACUGGGUCAAGGUGGGCGAGUACACCGAGGGCGAGCUGCGCCUUAACAUGUCGGAGGUAAAGUUCAAGCGCCUGAGUCCUAAGCCGCCCGAGUCCGUCUGCAGCCUGCCCUGCGAACUUGGCCAGGCCAAGAAGUACGUCGAGGGCGAGAGCUGUUGCUGGCACUGUUUCAAUUGCACAACCUAUCAAAUCCGACACCCGGAUGAUGAGACCCACUGCAAGCUGUGCAAGCUGGGUACGCUACCCGAUGCCCACAAACAGUACUGCCGCCCCAUUCCGGAGAUAUAUCUGCGUCCGGAGUCAGCCUGGGCCAUUGGAGCGAUGGCAUUUAGCGCUACCGGCAUCCUGGUAACGCUCUUUGUGAUGGGCGUGUUUGUCAGGCACAACGACACUCCCAUCGUGCGGGCCUCGGGCCGGGAGCUGAGCUACAUCCUGCUGGCCGGCAUUUUCAUGUGCUACGGCGUCACCUUUGCUUUGGUCCUGAAGCCCACGAACAUAGUGUGUGCCAUUCAGCGGUUCGGCGUUGGCUUCUGCUUCACGGUCGUCUAUGCCGCACUAUUGACCAAAACGAACCGGAUUGCGCGCAUCUUCAAAGCGGGCAAACAGUCCGCAAAGCGACCAUCGUUCAUCAGUCCCAAGUCCCAGCUGGUAAUCUGUACGUGCCUGGUCAGUGUGCAGAUACUCAUCAACGGCGUUUGGAUGGUAAUUGCACCAUCACAUGCCAUGCAUCAUUAUCCCACACGCGAGGAUAACCUGCUCGUCUGCGACUCCUACAUCGACGCCUCCUACAUGAUUGCGUUCUCCUAUCCAAUAUUCCUGAUUCUCAUUUGCACGGUUUAUGCGGUACUCACGCGAAAGAUUCCGGAGGCCUUUAACGAAUCGAAGCAUAUUGGCUUCACCAUGUACACGACCUGUGUGAUUUGGCUGGCGUUUGUGCCACUCUACUUUGGCACCGCCAACCAUGUGCCGCUCCGUAUUACCAGCAUGUCGGUGACCAUCAGCUUAUCCGCCAGCGUGACCAUCGCCUGCCUCUUUUCACCCAAGUUGUACAUAAUACUCAUACGCCCCGAGCGCAACGUGCGCCAGAGCAUGAUGCCGCCGCGCUAUGGCAACAUGCACCGCACCGCUGGAACAGGUCCCUCCUCGAUGAUGGCCGCCGCCGUGGUGACCGCUGCCACAUGUGCUCAGGAGGAGAAGAUCCAGAAGCAUAUCACGCCCACAAACACGGAGCACUCGCUCAAGACGAAAAAACUUUGCGAAAUGGCCACGCAGACGAUUUCUAGCAUUAUUACGUCACUGGACAUCAACGCAUAUAACCAGAUACCAUAUGCCGAUCAAUAUGUGCCAAACAAUACCACAACGGCCACAACCACGCCCACGGAUAAGGGCAGUGGCAACGUCAACGUCAACGGCAACGGCAAUAGCAACAGCAAUGGGAGUAACAAUAGCAAUAGCAAUGACAACGGCAAAGGCAACACCAACAGCAAUAGCAAUGGAUGUGGCGACGAGGUUGCGGAGCAAGUGGUGGCCAACAACAACAAAAUCAAUCAGAGACAACAUGGCCAGGCGAUGGUGGGCUUUGCCCUUGCACCAUCAACGGCUAACAAUCACAUAAGCGGCCCAGCAGCAGCAGCAGCAGGCGUUGCAACAACAGCGACGGCAACUGGCGAUGAUGCCGCAGUUAUAAAAGCAACGGGAGCAAUGGCAACAUCUGCGAUAGGGAGCGAUGUCAACGAAACCGCAUCCCUGGGGGCCAACAAUGUGAGUGGAAACGGAGGGCAGCGACCGCCGGUUUUGCAAACAAACUUAUAGCUAAACGCACAGCAAUUGCAGCAGCAGUUGCUGAAGGAGCAGCAGCGACA